AGCCGUUUUCACUCAAGCAUUCUUCAUGAGGUCGGUGUGAAGACAGAAUGAAAGAAGAUGCGUUUUUUUUUCAAAACAGCAGGACCGGGCUCCGUCCCUCUGUUUUGCCUCCUCGUCCACCUGUGCAGCCACCGGCGUUUUUCUGCUUUCCAGCGGUCUUGCCUUUCUGCGACUUCAAUUUCCUUCGUGAUAGGGGCGCGCCACGUAAUCCGGCGGGAAAGUGAAGACGCGGACACCUCCGGCUCUGCUGCGCGCGAUCGAGGUCCUACUGAUUCCGGGACAAACAACAGUUCCUCGGCCACUACUACAACGGCGCAGGAGGACCCGCAACAAGCCACUUCGAUUGUACCAUCAGAAACGCCUGACAAGAAUGCCACAGCGCUGCACUCCACCCGCGAGAGGCACACAGAAAUUGGCGCAGGUCGUGGGGCGGACAUCGCAACAGGUGCGAACACUUCCACUUCUCCUUCGACGCCUCAAAGGCUGCACGAACGCAACGUAACCGGUGAUGCAGUAAAGCUGGUUGACUCGUCCCCCGGUAGUUUACUUCCCCGCAACUUCAGCACGGGUGAGUCUCUAUUUCUCGCCGACGAAGACGUCGAUUAUGUGCAGCGGCCGAAAGAGGAAGCAACCGCAGCAAAGGGACCGGGGCCGCUGGUAGCUGAGGUCCGCGGCGAAGAUCGGGGGAAACAGGCGCAGAUUGCAACACCGGAACUUCCCAGCGCGGUACCGAUGAGGACAAACCAUGAUCAUGAGCAUAGCGCUUCGGCCGGAGAGAGAACAAAGAGCCCUGGUCGUGAAGUGGCUGAAGCUGGAAACGCCAGUGGGGCCGGGCAUAUUUCCUCAACAAACGACGAAUCCAGUCUUCUUGUCAAGUAUGAGUAUAGCGCACCGCGCUGUCAUUUGGAAUGGGGAAAUUGGUUUGGAUGGCACGCGGAAAGGAACAACUGUCUUGGUAACCCGUGUUGGCGCGAAGACGGACAGUGGCAAGCUUGGGAAGAGGACAGCGGCAUUGGCUAUCCGGGUGAGGAGUCGACAGAUCAAUGCGGAUAUGGUCAACCGAGAACAUGGACAGGCCGGAGGCAGUAUACAACAGAAUAUUCAUGCAUAAAACAAAUCUGUGUCAACUUGGGGUAACAAAAUAAAAAAAGAGGGCCGCGGGGAACCUCUUGUCCACCCGGCCGGGUGGACAAGAGGUUCCCCCCUUUCGCUGCCGGAGCGGCCGGCUCGCAGAGGUCCCCCCCCAGCGUCGCCAUGUCGGAUCUCCCCCCUCGUCGUCGUCCGCCGCUCGCCGGGUGCCGGCUGUAUACAUUUCUUAAAUUUCUAAAAUGAAUUGCAAAAGUUGUUGUUGUACCGCGCUAGUACCUAUAAAAAUAAAAGCGCGUGCAUUUACGAACGAAAUUCGUGCUGUGGAUUUGCCAUACUAAAUAGAUAACGAAUGAUGAAAAAAAAAUUCGGGUUCCCGCCGUUGUUGCGCAACUUCCUCCUCGCCCCGAGCUGACAGGAGGUCCUGCCGCCCAGUCCGUCCCAUCGUAGGUUCAACGGCCCCCAUCCCAACGAGACCACUUCCAAAUAGUUUUGUCGUAGAGCAAAAAACUUUACAGCGGUCGCCCGUUUUGCAUCGGCCGAGGUUGCACAUGCGCCCGGAGUAGUUUCCACUGAAGUCCCUCGGCAUGGGUCGUAUGAUGUUUUUCGUCAGGUCGCGCAGCCUCUAUUAAUGCGAUUCGGGUCGAUCGCGCCCUAUGGCUAGUGUCGGUGAUCCAGUUCGACCAUAUAUUUCGGGGGGCAGUAACGUGAAGGAAAAGCGUCCUUUCGGGGGCGCCUAGUAACCACGCAAUCACGAACCCGGAUAACGCCCCCUAUGGGUGACUAUCUCCAUACACAGCGGUCUCGCCCUAUCUUUACUAUCUUUCAGUGCAGCGGCUUACUGCACUUAUCGCCCUACGGAGACUGUGAUCUGACCCCCCUCUACCUCCCCUGGUGGACGUCUGCCGCGGCUUACGGCUCUGGACGUUAACUAGGAUCAGCGCGUUGUGCGGGUUUAGGGUUUUGAAAGUAAUUUUGUAUCUCCCACUGUUGCAUGAACCUGCUGCAAGAACUUGUCAUGCAAAACAACCUUCGGGUUGUUCCCGCGCUUCAGGAGUAGUCCUGUUGCGUGAGGGCGGCAGAAGAUGAAAAAUGGUGUUGGUUUAGGGGGUUGAAAAAUUUUUGUGCAUGUGUAAUGCAAAAAAUAAAAAAGAUUCGCGCGUGGGAGCGCAUUACUAUGCACAACGGGCGGGCGUCGUUCCCGCCGUCACACAAUCGCUGAAAAUUGAAAUCGAAGCACAAGAGCGGGCCAAUAAAAAACAAAUUGUCAUGCGGAUUUGCCACUAUGCUUUCAACUUUUUACAUACACAUGGCAAUACCUCCUAGAUAUGCAGACGCAAUGCGCAUCUUUUUGCGUCCGCCAUUUUUUUACGGGCGGGGAGAUUGAACCAAGCGGACAUACAGAGGGAAGACGGAGACGGAGACGGGAAGAUGCUUUUUGCAUUGCAAGAAAAGAUGGAGCGUUUGACGCAUAUGGAUGCAUGGGAAAAGUUAAACGCAGCUAGCAAGUCCGCAUUACAGUAAACGCGCGCACUUUAUUCGUACUCAUGUAUGGGAAAUCCGCAUAACAGAUUUAAUAUGGAAAAUCCGCAUUACAGUAAAUGCGCGCGCUUUUUUUACAGAUACUAGCGUGUUAAAACUUUUGCAAUUCAUGUAUAAACCUUCGAACAAAUGCAUACAGCAGGCACCCGGCGAGCGGCGGACGACGACGAAGGGGGAGAUCCGACGUGGGGACGCGGAGGGGGACCUCUGCGAGCCGGCCGCUCCGGCAGCGAGAGGGGGGAACCUCUUGUCCACCCGGCCGGGUGGACAAGAGGUUCCCCGCGACCCUCUUUUUUUAUUUUGUUACUUCACUUUCGGUACCGUCUGCUCGGGGGGUGAUGAGUGCGAUGCCGGCAAGCCAUUCACGCGCCAACGGCCAUCGUGGGGUAAAUAUGUCAACAAGGUUUGUGAGUAUGAUGAUUGCAGGUGCGAGACAUUCAAUCCAUACUGCGGCAGUGACCACUUACUCAAUGGCGCGCACGCGUGCGGGCUCCGAACGCAUUGCACCGCAGCCAAUUGCUGUCGCAAGAAGUGUGCCUUUGCGACCUGUAGAACCACAGAUGGGAUCCCUGCGGCUGAAUACCACAUCAAAGAUUCCGGCACUUGUCUCGAUCACAGUUGCGCGAAUAAUAACGCGAACCAUGUGCAGUGUUGUGCUUUGAAUGAGCCCUGCCAGGCGUCGCUCUGUGCAGAUUUCACGUCACUCAAGGACCAAGCGACGAGGCCGAUGUAUUGCGAAACAAGGGAGUGCGUGAGCAACGAAAACCAAAACCGUGCGCAUUGUUGUGAGGACAACGAGAGCUGCAAAGAUAUGAAAUGCAAUACGGUUUCUCGUCGGGGCUGGCUGCACAAGUCGAAUAUUGAAGACGACAACCUCCGCUGCAACGCAAAGAGCUGCGACGCAUCUGAUUCGUCCGCUGAUCUUGAGCAUUGCUGCGUGGAGGGCUGCAAGCGUCCAGUGGAUUCGGACCGCUACUAUGGAUUCGACAUUGCGAAUUGGGACGAUCUGCGCGAGCAGGAGCAGCUGUAUCCGAAGUCCACGUCCGAUUUCCAGGCGUCUUCCAAAGUUGGAUGUAGCACGACGCACUACGAAGACCACAGUGUUUCCGAAGUUGUCAAGUGCACGGGGUCAGGUGCUGAAUUAGAGCUGAACCCUAAAAAGUGCCUCGAGCUCUGUAGCUCAUCCGGAACGGUCUGCAACAGCAACCAGCUUCCAGCUUCGGGGGCGUAUUGUAACACGCACCGCUGUGAAAAUACUGAGAACUCGCAUUGUUGUCGGGAGAAAUGCACGGAGAUCGACUGUCCUGCUCUGCCGCACUUCGAUCCCGGCGUGGAUACCGCUAUUCCGGGCGGUUGGUUCCAAACGUAUGACGAAGCUGCUGUAUGCGUCGAAGCCUCGUGCGACCCGGCGAAGGAUACGGAUGUAGAAAGUUGCUGCAAAAAAGGCUGCUACGGACCACCGGAGGCCGAUCGGGUGCCGUACAAUAUUGCUGGGAACGAUUGGUACACGCAAGUCUUGAAGAAGACAUACUUCGACACUGCGAAUAGUGCUAAAGUCGGUGAGCACUCGGAGUGGGUAAAUGACAGCGACUGGAGCUGCUCACCCCACUACCAUGGAACACCGGAAUUCAAGUGCCCACGGAGUGGGGAGGUGCUGCAGGUGAGGGGCUGCCAUCCGACUUGCCGCUGUACAGCCGACUUAGGGGAUGACAGGGCCCUGGGGAAUCCGGAGAGUCCGUGGGGGGUUGACGGUUCCGGAUUCUCGGAAAGUCGCUAUCGUAAAGCUGUGGAUGGUAAAAUCAUUGACGUGGGCACAUGCCCCGCGCCGGGCUCGUCCAAAGGACGGCAAUUCUGUGGCACUUGCAAGCCCGGGUACGGUAGGCUGCUUUCGCACAAGCCAGGAGGAGAACUUCGCGAAUUUCUUCAGCAUUAUAUCCCGGUGGAGGUUUCGAACAAGAUGCAGGCUGAUAACGUCGCAGUGAAAGACGAGGUCCGGUGCUGGGCUGUGUGUGCGGAACAGGUGCAGUGUGGGGUGGAUGCAGAUGCAAAAACCAACAGCCCCGGCAACUGGGCGGAUCCUUGGGCUCCC